AUGUGUGGUAUAUUUGGAUAUGUUAACUUUUUAGUAGAUAAGUCAAGAGGAGAGAUUAUUGAUACUUUGAUUGAUGGAUUACAAAGAUUAGAAUAUAGAGGAUACGAUUCAAGUGGGAUUGCUAUUGAUGGUGAUAAAAAGGGUGAAACAUUAAUUGUUAAAUGUCCUGGUAAAGUUAAAGCUUUGAAAGAAGAAAUUGAAAGAUUAGGAGUUGAAAGAUCAACCAUCUUUGAUAGUCAUGCUGGUAUUGCUCAUACAAGAUGGGCAACUCAUGGUCAACCAAUGGUUUCAAAUUGUCACCCUCAUAGAUCUGAUCCUGAUGCUGAAUUCGUAGUUGUUCAUAAUGGUAUUAUCACUAAUUAUAGAGAAUUAAAGACUUUAUUAUUAUCAAAAGGUCAUAUUUUUGAAAGUGAAACUGAUACUGAAUGUAUUGCCAAAUUAUUCAAACACAUUUAUGAUACAAAUUUAAAAGCAGGAUUUGAAUUAGAUUUCAAUGAAUUAAUUAAACAAGUAUUAUAUGAAUUAGAAGGUUCAUAUGGUUUAUUAGUUAAAUCCAAACAUUAUCCUGGUGAAGUUGUUGGUACUAGAAAAGGUUCACCAUUAUUAGUUGGGGUUAAGACUGAUAAAAAAUUGAAAGUUGAUUUCGUUGAUGUUGAAUUCACUGAUCAACAAGAUUUUUCAACAAGUUUUAAUCAAGAUUUAAUGGGUCAUGAUAAUUUAAGAACUUCUCAAUCAAGAGCUUUCUUAGCUGAUGAUGGUUUACCAAUGCCUGCUGAAUUCUUUUUAUCAUCCGAUCCUGCUUCAGUUAUUCAACAUACUAAAAAAGUUUUAUUUUUAGAAGAUGAUGAUAUUGCUCAUAUUUAUGAUGGUGAAUUACAUAUUCAUAGAGCUAAAAAGAAUGCUGGUGAUUCAACCAUAAGACAAAUUCAAACUUUAGAAAUGGAAUUGAAUGAAAUUAUGAAAGGUCCUUAUAAACAUUUUAUGCAAAAGGAAAUUUUUGAACAACCUGAAUCAACUUUCAAUACUAUGAGAGGUAGAAUUGACUUUGAAAAUUUCAAUAUUAAUUUAGGUGGGUUAAAAUCUUUCAUUAAUUCAAUUAAAAGAUCCAGAAGAAUUAUAAUGAUUGCUUGUGGUACAUCAUAUCAUUCAUGUUUAGCUACCAGAUCAAUAAUUGAAGAAUUAUGUGAAUUACCAGUUGUUGUAGAAUUAGCUUCUGAUUUCUUAGAUAGAAAAUCUCCAGUUUUCAGAGAUGAUACCUGUAUAUUUGUAAGUCAAAGUGGAGAAACUGCUGAUUCAAUGUUAGCUUUACAAUAUUGUUUAGAUAGAGGUGCUUUAACUGUUGGUAUUGUUAAUAGUGUUGGUUCCUCAAUGUCAAGACAAACUCAUUGUGGGGUUCAUAUCAAUGCUGGUCCAGAAAUUGGGGUUGCUUCAACCAAAGCUUAUACUUCACAAUAUAUUGCUUUAGUUAUGGUAGCUUUAUCAUUAUCCAAUGAUUCUAUUUCAAAACAACAAAGACAUAGAGAAAUUAUCAACGGUUUAAAGAAAAUUCCUGAACAAAUUAAACAAGUAUUAAAUUUAGAAGAUAAAAUCAAACAAUUAUGUAAUGACCAUUUAAACGAUCAAAAAUCUUUAUUAUUAUUAGGUAGAGGUUAUCAACAUGCUACUGCUUUAGAAGGGGCAUUGAAAAUUAAAGAAAUUAGUUAUAUGCAUUCUGAAGGGGUUUUAGCUGGUGAAUUAAAACAUGGGGUUUUAGCUUUAGUUGAUGGUCAAUUACCAAUUAUUGCUUUUGCUACUAGAGAUUCUUUAUUCCCUAAAGUCUUAAAUGCUAUUAACCAAGUUGUUUCCAGAGAUGGUAGACCUAUAGUGAUUUGUAAUGAAGGUGAUGAUGUUUUAAGUAAUAAUGAAGCUUUAGCUACCUUACAUGUUCCAAAUACUGUUGAUUGUUUACAAGGGUUAUUAAAUGUUAUCCCUGUACAAUUAAUCAGUUAUUGGUUAGCUGUUAAUAGAGGUAUUGAUGUUGAUUUCCCAAGAAAUUUAGCCAAAUCCGUUACUGUUGAAUGA